UUCAUUCCAUCAAAGGAGCUACGAACUCAAAGGGAAUCACUCAUUCUCUUCGCAAGACCAUAUAUUUAGGUGACGUAAAGAAAAAGAGCAGGAGAAAAAAAUGGUAGAAGAGGAGAUUGAGGUAGAUGUCGAUAUCAAAACUACGGCUGAUAAGUUCCACAUGUUCAUCAGAAGAUCACAACAUGUUCCUAAAGCCACUCGCUACAUUAAGGGAUGUGAUCUGCUCGAAGGCGAGUGGGGCGAAGUUGGAAGCAUACUCUUGUGGAAAUUAGUUUUUGAUGGAGAGCCAAGAGUGUCAAAGGAUAUGAUCGAGGUGAUGGAUGUGGAGAAGAAUGUGAUUCAGUUGAGGGUGUUAGAGGGACCUCUGAUGAAAGAGUACAAGAGCUUCCUGAAAACGAUGAAAGUAAUGAGCCCUAAGCAUGGAGGGCCCGGAAGUGUAGUGAAGUGGAACAUGAAGUAUGAGAGGAUUGAUCAGAAGGUGGAUCACCCAAAGAGGCUUCUCCAGUUCUUCGUCGAAGUGACUAAAGAGAUUGACCAAUACCUCUUGUCUAAUGAUUAAUUAAGGGACUCUUCUGCUUGGCUUCUGUGUGGGAGAGUUUUGUAUGUGUGAGGACUCUUGUGUUUUGUAUGUCUUUCUCGAUAAUGUGAUUGCUUUAGAUGUAUAAAAGAUGGCUGCAAGUGUGCUAUACAUCAUGUCUAGUUUUGGAGAACUCUUAUUACGCUUUAAGUUGCUAGUCGUAACAUUUUGAAUAA